AUGGCAAGGUCUCCCUGCGCCACUGCAGUCUGCUGCCAGCCGGGCCGCCUCCACCGUCCACCUGUCCUCAAGCGCUGCUUCCGCCGGCGGGACUCCUACGGUCGCCUUCCUCGCAACCUCCUUCUACACAGUCCCCACGGGGUCUGUAGCCCCAAAGCCAACAGCUUGAGCGCCCGGCUGAGGCAGCAGGGGUGGGGACUGCGCGAGGCGGGAGAGGCUGGAGUCACUGAGGGCGGCGGGGGGAGGGGCAGCGCGCAGGGCCGAAACGCACGUGCGCAAAGGGCGCGGCGAGGAGCGCUCGAGGGCGCUCAGGGGGCGGCCUGGCCUGAGGAGCGGCGUGCGGCGCGCGCCGUGGGCUGCCGACCUUCCCAGGCCGCUGCAGAACAGAGACGUGUGCCCGCGCCUCAGAAGGGCUGGAAAGAGGGAUUCAAGGCUGAUGUCGGUGUGGCUUAUUCCGGGGAGAAUUUCAGACCCCAGAUUGAAACUAUGCUCCCCAAGGAUAAUGUGGGCAGCCCUGGAAGCCUGGACAAGCAGGCCCAGUUGGGAAGCUUACCUGGAACCAUUCCAGAAAGUUCCCCAUUUCCUAGUGAAAGAAACAGAAGAAUAAAUUCAGACCUAGUGAUCAGUGGAUUAAUCCAUAAACCCCAACGCUUAGAGAAUCGAGAGCAACAAAAGUCAUCAGACAUCCUAGAGGAGUUAAUUGAAGGAAUAAUACAAAGCCCCAGCAAAAUAUUUAGAAAUGGAGAAUCAUAUGAUGUCACGUUAACCAUGACUGAGAAGCUGCUGAGAAAGCCACCAGCCAGGCUGAAAAAACUUAAAAUCAAAAAGGAAAUAAAAGAUUUCCUGAUGAAGGACAUAGAAGAGAAGAUGCAGGCAGUGGAGGAGUGCAGGAAGACUAAAGAAGAAGAAAUAAGAAAAAGGCUGCGGAGUGACCGACUUCUGCCCCCAGCCCAUCAUUCAGAUUCAGCUGAAGCAGGUGGGAAGGAGGCUCCAUUUGCAGAAGGACUUAAAACUGUGAGUUGUGCCGCGUUUGAACCCUCUGACCUGCCAGAAGGAAAGCUGUUGAAAUGA